UCGCCUGUAAAUACGGUCCUCGCGAGUGUGUCCGUCGGUGGUGUGUCGCGCGCGCGUUCGUUUUUUUCGGCCUUUCGACGCGAUUUUCGGUGUUUCCGGCGGGGGAAAAGUGCUCCCGCGAACCGUCCGCGGGUCGGCCGCAAUGGAUUACGGUGCCGGAAGUGGAUUACAGCCGGUGGAAUCGUGCUGUGGACGGAUUUUCGACGUUUUUUCAGCGCCAUCAGCAGCAGCAGUAGGCUUUGGCUGUGGUGUUGUGUGAGAGAACCGUGAAUUAGUGUGUUAAAUCUGUGUCCUCAGUGUAAACUAAUGACUUAAGGAAAAACUUUUCAACUCGAAUUAAGAUUUUAAAAACUCUUCAAACUGGCCAAGUUAAGCUAAACCACUGCAGCAACAUGUCCAAGUGGAACAAAAACCACGGGCUAAUCGUCCCGAUCGAUUCGCUGCUCAAGGAGAAGGAAAACACAAAUCGACCGGCUCCGCUCCGGUCGGCCGGCCUCGUUGGCCGCUGGGGCAUCACCAGCUUCACCUCGAUCCGGAACACCAGCUAUGAGUUCGAGAGCACCAGCCCGAAGGAGUCGGACGAGCUCAGCUGCUCGUCCAACCUGGCCAGCCUGUCGACGCAGCUGCCGGCGGCACCGAAGCCGAAAAAGUUCUUCAAAAGCCGCAACAACGCGCCGCCGGCCACGCCCGACCCGCACCGCCAGCCGGACGCGCUCUACCACCAGCAGAUCGUGCAGCACCAGGCGGCCCAGCUGCAGGCCCGCAUCCACCAGAAGGCGGGUGGAAGUCCGCCGUACGUGACGCCGCCGGCCGGGUUCUACGCCCAGCAGAGCGGCAGCUCCAAGUCGCCGGCGGCCAAGGAAGAGGUGGUUAAGGAAAAGAAGAAACCCGGCCGGAAGAAGAAAGUGAAACCGGUGGAGGCGGUGGCGGCGGCGGCGCCACCGCCUGCCGAUGGUGAGGAACUUCCGGUUGAUCCGGAAGUGGCUGCUCCGCCUGCAAUUGUGGAAGAGGCAGCUGCGGCACCAGCCACUCCAACCCCUCCCAAGAAGGAGAAAAAAGAGAAGAAGGAAAAGAAGCAGAAAAAAGUGAAAAAAGAACCGGAACCGACUCCGGAACUGCCCAAGCGCAACUCGACCCGCACCCGGAACAAGGUCGUCAACUACAAUGAAGACGACGACAGCUUCGACAGUCCGAUCCCGUUCCGGAACGAUACGCCGCCGGUCGGGCCGUCCAAGCUGGCGGCGGAGCCACCAGCUGCGGUGCCGGAAGAACCGGUUGCGGCGCCCGAGCCCGAACCGCAGCAGGUUGUUCCCGUGCCGCAAGCUAGCCCCGGCAAAGUGAAGGAACCGAAGACGGUGGUGGUUCCGGUGCCGUUGUCGUCCCCGUCCGUACUGGAGCAUCCGCCGAUCGUGCUGCGGAUAUCGAAGGGCACCUCCCGCCUGGUCAGCACCGACAGCGAGGACGUCCACUCGCCACCGCACGGCACAACACCCAACUCGGGCAGCGGCGCCGCUCCAAUAACCCCCUCCACGGCAACGCAUCAGUUGACGCCACCCCAGCAACAAAAUCAACAACAAUCCCUUCCACCACCACCCCCCUCCCCACCACCGGUCGUCCCACCGCUCAUCAUCAAACCUCCGGUCGCGCCGGAAGAGGCCGCCGCCCCCCGGAAGGACGACCUGAAGAUUAAGAUCUCGCUGAGCAAGUCGUCGCUGAUUAGCAACGGCGGAACGGGUUGUCCCGGCAAGCCGAAGAAGGAAAGCAAGAAGGAGCUGCGGCACUUCAAGAAGCGGGCCAUCGCGAGGGAGCAGAAGGGGUCGUCGCGGGCGGGCAAGCGGGUUAGGAGGGGGGAGGACGACGGCGAGGGAGAGGAAGCGGACGGCGAGGACGAGCAGCUGUUGGCGGGGGUGGCGGAAGAGCUGCGCGUGGAGCCGAUUCCGGCGCCACCGAGACCGUCGUUUCCGCUGCCGGGGACGGACGCGUACGAGCUGUACCGGACGUUGGCGUCGCCCUCCGGCGGGGAUGACUUUGACUCGCAGAGUUCGAUUCUGGGGAGUGCCUCGUCGUGUGCAACGCCCAAGCACGGAGGAAUAGCCGCGGCGGAAGACUGCCGGAUUAUUCAUAGUCGGGGUUCGAGCGAUUGCGGGAGCGAUUUGGAGCUGAGCCAGAAUAGUCAGAACAGUCAGAAUAGUUCGACGGCGGCGGCGCCUCCGUCGGAGAUUAACUUUGAGAGUGAGAACACGCAGGAGCUGGUGGAACCGGUGCGGGAGGAAGUGGCCGCUCCGCCGAAGGAGGAACGAGUCGAGGUUCUGAAGUUAAGUUUGAAGGGAACGCGAGCUACGCGGUCGACGCGAAGCUCCAGGAUGAAGGGCACGGUUGAGGUGGUGGUGUCGAAACCGGAACCGGUUCCGGUGCCGGCACCGGAAGUCGCCUCGCCGGCGGAACCACCGGUGAAAAAGUUCGGACGAGCGACCCGCCAGCGCAACAACAACAACAACGUGGUGAGCGCCACACCGGAGGAGAAGCUACCGGAAGUGGUUCCCCCGGUCGAACCCACACGGGAACCUUCCCCACCUCCGGUGGUGCAGAAAACCGUCACCCGGCAGUACAACCGGCGGAAGAAGAACGUCGUCCCGCCCGACUACCAACCGGAAGUGGCGGCGAGGCCACACGCCGCAGUGGAGGAGCCACCGCCCUUCACCCUCGCAGCCGAAUCCGCCCCCGCACUAGCCUCCAUCCAAACCACACCGGAAGAUCUCACCGUCGGUUCGCGGACGGCGGCGGAACCGACGCCACCUCCGGCAUCGGCCCCCCUUCCCGUCCAGGACGAAAACAAACCCGAACCUACAGAGUACAAAAUCAAGAACAAGUUCAAGCGCAGCUACUUCCGGGCGGAGGAGUUGGCCAAGCAGCGGGAAGCGGCCCAGUCGCAGGUUCUGGUCGAGUCGGCCCAGAACGUCGGGACGACGACGGUUCCUUCGGGUGCGUCGCCGGCCGCGGCACUGACCGUGCCACAGAUUAGCAUUCCAGCGAGCAGUCAGGAGACGACGUCGGACGGUGGACCCGGUCCGGUCAAGCUGGUGAUCUCCAAGAAGAAGGGCAGCAUUUUCAAGAGUCGACCGUUGGUCGGGAGUGCCGAGGCGGCUGACAAGAAGCGGCACGUGUACAAGCACAAGUGGGACGACGACGACGAUCAGGAAGGCAAGGAGAAGGCCGCGUUGGCCGAGCAGCAGAAGCAGGAGAAGGAGGUUGACACGUUCGAGGGGGAACCAUCGGGGCUGUCGCGAGUUCUCCGCGGGGGAACCACUUCCGGUGCGCCAACCGCCUUCGACGAGGACGACGACGACGAGUUCGACUUUGACGCCAAGCUCAAGUGCAACCGGAACGCCAAACCGUACUACACCGUCGUGCGGAACGUCAAAAAGGCCCACCAAAUCCAAGAAAUCGGCGAAUCGCAAGAAAUGGACGACGACGUCGAGUACAUCCUGUCCGCCCUCCAGUCCGACAACCCGAUCGCCACCCGCUGCCUCUCCGCGAUGACCCUCGCCACCAAGUGCAUGACGCCGGCCUUCCGGAUGCACGUCCGGGCGCACGGUGUCGUGACGCGCUUCUUCAAAGCCCUCCAGGACGCCCACCGGGACCAAAGUCUCGGCCUCUGCACCGCCACCAUCAUGUUCGUCCUCUCGCAGGACACCCUCAACAUGGAUCUCGACCGGGACUCGCUCGAACUGAUGCUGAACCUCCUCGACACGGACCACCACCGAACCGACGAACCCGACCCCGCAACCCGCGGCCAGCUCGAAAAGAACCGCCUCAAAGUGCGCGAACUGUGCGAGGAAAUCAAAAACUCCGGCAAGGCCAAACACAUGGACCUGGACGCCAUCACCGUCGGCUCCCUCGCCAUGGAGUCCCUCCUCUCCCUCACCUCCAAGCGUGCCGGCGACUGGUUCAAGGACGAACUGCGCAACCUCGGUGGGCUCGAGCACCUCAUCAAAACCGUCUCCGACUGCUGCCGGGAAAUCUCCGACUACGUGAUCGAGUGGACCGACGAGCUGCUGUCGAAGCUGCGCAAAAUCGAGCGCUGCCUGCGGGUCCUCGAGAACGUGACGCUCCUGAACGAGCAGAACCAAAGCUACAUCCUGAACUACAACGGUGGCAGCCUAGUGGCCACGCUGGCCAAGCUGUUCAAGCUGGUGGACGGCGAGGUGGUGCUGUACCCGACGAACGAGCGCACGCCCAAGGAGGACCGGGGGGCGGUGCUGCGGGAGGUCAUACCGCCCGUACUGAAGAUCUUCAUCAGCUUGACGCACCCGUUCAACGAUACCGCGUACGGCGCCGGCGUGAUCGGCUGCCAGCCGCACGUGAUCGAGACGACGCUGCACCUGCUGCUACGGGUGGGCGACUACGUGCCGCAAAAGUUCAUCUUCGAGAUGAACAUCCUGGUGCUGCUGUUCCUGAUCAACCUGUCGAUGUACACGCGGGCGAACCGCACCCGCCUCAUGACGGCCCACGCCCCCGACGAUUACGGCACCACCGCCGAGGAGGACAGCCCGCGGGACGAGAUGGCGGUGCAGGCGCUGGUCGAGUACUUUUACCGCCAGGACGAGCUGGCGAGGUACGCCGAAAAGAACACCGACGCCAUCCUGGACGCCAAGUCGAAGAAGAACGAGGACAUCGAGGAAACUGUUACCAAAUUGCUGCAGAAGGCCGGCCACCACAUGGAGCACACGCUGAUGGCCAGCUACGUGUGUCUGCUGAUCGGGUGGCUCGUCAUCGGCAGCGAGGAGAACGAAACCACCGUGCGGACGUACCUGCGCGAGGGCAACUUUGUGAUGAUGGUCAGCUCGCUGGAGAAGUACUACAACUUCCUCAAUCUGACCGCGAAUUCGGACGCCCUCAGCUUGCAGCACGUGCGCCAAACCAAGAACAUCAUCGACAAUCUGAAGCGGCUGGACGCGGCGGACCGUGUCCCGUCGUCGUCGUUGCAACAACCGGAAGCGUCCACCAGCGCUCAACCACAGGCGCCGCAGCAGCAGCCCCAUCGGUACGGCUCGAGGUCAUCGACCCGCGCCCACUACUGAUAGACCCGUUAGGACGACCCAUCUUCGUGUUUCUCCGUGUAGUUUUGAUUUUUUUUUUCUUUUAAUCUGUUUCCACCGGAAGUUGUGUAAUUUUACGCAGAGAGCAAAAAUUGUACAGAGCGCUAACUAAAUCAGCAAACAGAAAAAUGCCGUGUUUCUUUUUUUAUUUAUUUCUAAGACAUAAUUUGCUAGACUACUUCCGUCGUAGAAUAGAGUUGUGUGUUGAUUCCAAAGGAUCGCGCACUAGAUUUAGGCGCGUGGCGUAGUUCUACGUUCCGAGUGUAAAUAUAGUCGCCGAUAAGUAAAUAUAUAAAUAUAUUGUUUAAAUUAUUAAGAUGCAUAAUAGUGAGAACGUGAGAAGAAUUCUUUGGGAAAAAAAAAAUAAAAUAAAACAAAAGAACGUUUUUAAUAAAAUCGUACCGUAAUAAAA